AUGGCGUCUAGUGAUUCCAUAAUUUCCAUUGGAAAAGAAGCUGAAUGGAGGACUUUGUCAUUAACAUUAUUCCCCCUGCGGAGUGGCUGGAAUGCUGUAUCUACAGGUUCCCAAGAGACUGCGCAAGUGAAGAGCCAGGAGGAUCUUCGAAAGAUUAUUAAAGAAAAUGAAGUAAAAAUCCGUCAUUGCUAUUCCGAAGACUGUAGGCUCAACAGUAAGGAUUUUGUGAAAAUGAUUCUAUUGGAUGCCAUCUUUAUAAUUGAGCUCUUCUUGAGCAUUGAUGAAAAUGACGAAAAUGAUUACAUAGUAAAGAAACCCUGGUUGGAAAUUGUACCAGAUCAGCUGGAUCAUGGAGAAAAUCUGCGUAAUCUAAAUUGUGCCACAAAGCUUGACGAGGCAGGAUUGAAAUUCAUACCAGCUAAGGAGAGACGCUUACUUGACAUAACAUUCUCCGGGAAUGAUUGCUUGAAACACUGUCCAUGGUUCAAUUUGUCAUGGCUCUUGGCUUGCUUACCAUGCUUGAAAAGCUUAUUUCCACACUUGGAGCGUAUGCAAUGUAUCUUGGAAAUUCCACCCCUUAAGAUUUUUGACAGUACUGAAUUUCUUCUUUGAAACCUCAUGGCCCUCGAGUAGUGUCAUUAUCCACUUAAAGCUUACAUUUGCAAUUAUGUUUUGCUUUUGGACCAACUUAUCGACACUGAAAAAUAUGUGGAUUUGCUAGUUGAGAAAAAGGUCGACAUUGCUAACAAUAUCGGUAGCAACGCUGCUGCGACAACUUUAAUUAACAGACUUUGUCUUGAGAUUGUGGUAGAUGGAUCCUGUUACUCUUCUCUACGUCGAGAGAUUACAAGCUACCUUGAUAACCCUUGGAACAACACCAUGGGAACCAUGAAAAGCGUGUAUUUUCGUGAUUUUUGGAGAGGCAGCGGAACUGUGGUUGGACUAAUUGUCCUGGGUUUCACUUUCUGGGGUUUCCUUAGGCCUUAUUUCAUGAAGGUUUGA